GAUGCCCCAACUAGUCACUCUCCUGGUGGUCCUUUGACGGGAAGCCAGAUAUGGUCUCAGAACCCUACUACAUUGCAUUCCAGUAUUACUACCACCAUUGAGUCUCAAUACUCCAUAAGUGCUGGGAGUCCAACUUCAUCUCUCAUGCUGAAAAGUACAGAAAACCAGGCCCCUGGAGGAACAAGUGGCUCAGAGCAGUCAGAUGAUGAAUCUUUGGAGACAGAAGCAGGAGUAUAUGAGCAUGGUACAAACACUAAUGAUUUAAAGCGCAUGAGAAGGAUGGUGUCUAACCGUGAAUCGGCCAGACGAUCAAGAAAGAGAAAGCAGGCUCAUUUGGCUGAUCUAGAACUACAAGUUGAUCAACUCAGGGGAGAGAAUGCCUCUCUAUACAAGCAACUGACAGAAACAAAUCAAACGUUCACUGAAUCAGUUACAGAUAACCGGAUUCUCAAAUCUGGUGUAGAAGCCUUAAGAGUAAAGGUGAAGAUGGCUGAAGAUAUGAUUUCCAGAGGUUCCUUGACUUGCAGCCUUGAUCAUCUUCUGCAAACCACCAUAAAUUCAUCACACUUGCUGAAUGCCCGUCAAUUCCCGCCCACCAUAGAACUCCAAGAAAAUGAUGGCUUCUUCAUGGGCUCAUCACUAGCUUCUCAAGUUCAGAACAUUGAAGUGCAAGAAGCCGGAACAAAGAAUGGAACUCUGAGAAGCCAGAGUCCGCCAUUGCCAAGCCUCACAAGCUUAAAUAAUCUGCAGAGCAGAAUUAAUGGAGACAUCUCAAGCUGUGGAACUGAUAUGUGGCCUUGGGACUCCCAUCCCAAUGUCAUUUCUAAGCACGUUUAGCUUGCCAGAUUGCUACAUUUCAUCAUCUAAGGCUUCGUUUGGGACGGCUUUCUUACUACUUCUUAAAGCGGCUUUCUAGUACAAAUUUUUUUAUUUUUUUACUAAAAAGUCACUUUAAGAAGCAGAAAGAAAGCCGUCCCCAACGAAGCAUAAAGCUUCUGUUUGCUAAGUUCAACAUCUAUUAUGCGGAACUUCUAAUAACAAAACUCAUUUCUAUCCUGUUUCUCCUCUUGCUGUGGUCAUUGUCUGUACCGACUGUUAAUGACGAUAUGCAUUCUGUGUUCUUCGUGAAGAUUAUAAGAAUAUCAAUAGUUACCAUUAAUUAUCUACA